AUGCCGUUUGCAUUAUGUAAUCAUGAUCUCUUCCCCUCAACAUUGAACACCUCUCCAAAUACGAUAUUUGGGGGAUGGGAUUACGACCCAAGACAUGCUGCAGGCCAUGCGGAAACAAGCUUGGUGGCGCUGAGACGGCCAAAUGCCGUGAAGUUGGUGGAGUUGUUGAAAGCAAAGAAAGGCCCACUGAAGUCAGGUAUCGCAGCAACUUCCAAGCGCUUUGGUGCUUUGGGACCAUAUGGCUCCAUGCAUAGAAAGAACCUGAGUCACCACGGUAUUGGGCUUGUGGAUAGUGGAGACCAAAAUGCCUACUACCAUGAGCCCUAUGACUAUGGCUACGAUGGCUACCAUGGCUACCAUGGCUACGAUGGCUAUGACUAUGGUGGCUACGGUGGCUACGACGGCUAUGACCAGUACGGCUAUGCAGAGGAUGCCUACGGAGCACCCGAUGCCUAUGGGGAACUGGGUCAAGGACCAGAUGAAGCAGUCCCAAUGGAUAUGCCGAUGCCAGAAGGUGAUACCGAAGCUCUCAAAGAAGAGCAGGAUGCGGAGAACUUGCAGCAGUGCAUGGCGAGGUGCCCCGUUUGGGACCCACUGACCGCGGCCAAACCAGAAGACCUGCAGCACGCAUCCUUAGUCGUUCUCCAGCGCCUGGCCCGCCCUGAACGGCGCCUGGCGCCCUCGCUGCGCUCCGCGUCCGCCGCGGUGGAUGCGGCGGGCCGGAGCUUGGAGCGCUGGGUGCGCAAGCGUCAAGACCUGGCCCGUGAACUGCCGAAGAUGAGGAAGAUCAUGAUGCAGUGCAAGAGUAUGCAAGACAAACAAGACGACGAGCAGAUGGAGACCGAUCUCCAGGCACUGCGUAGCAAGACGGAGCAAGCGCACCAGAAUGCAAAGGCGAAAGAGCAAGAGGCGGAAGAGGCGCAGGAGAGCAUGGUGAUGCAAGAUGUAGGCCACAUGCAGGGCAAGGCAGAUCGCUGGGCCCUGGAACAGGCAAUGCAGGAACAGGAUCACAGAGAUGCUGUGGAGAAUUCUGAGGUGAAACGCGCGGUGAAUGGCUACAACCAACAGGGUGCAAACUUACAGCAGCGACAGAUGGAGGAGGCCCAGAAGGAGAUGGCACGGAUGGCCUCCAGCACUUUGGAGAUCGAUGUUCCCAAGGAUGCUGGUUCAGCAGGACUGGCGGAUGCUGCUGACAGCAUGCUUUCUGGGAAGUUUUUUGCCCGGCCUCAAGAUUGGCUAUUGGGAUCAUAUUCAUGUGGCUACUAUGACGAGUAUGGCAGAUACUGGGAGGAAGACUGGGGUGGCUACUACGACACCGAUGGCACGUACUACAAGAAGGAGGAUCAUGUGGAGGCCGUCGAUGAGAUGAUGUCCUGGAAGGAAUGGUUCGAGAAGUGCGGACAGAUCCGCAUCCCUCCUUCCAUCAUUGCCACGCGGAGAGCUGCCAGUGAAGCAUAUUGGGACUUCGAUCGGUCCUUGGCUGUUGCAGAACGGGCCGUGGACAACGCCUUGACCUCU